AUUUUAUAUAGCUUAUAAUUGAUUAACUGCCAAAUAGUUUUCCUACUUCCGCUUAAUAAAAAAAAACUCAGUAUUGUAAUUGUGAUUUGCAAUUUGAAAUUUUAUUAUUUUUUUCGUACUAUUAUAGAGUUGUCAUUCGAACCAGUCGUACCUGAACCCGCACCGAUAUAAAACGCCGACACGUGGCGGCUCCUACAAAAUGGCCAAGAAAAAUAGAUUAAAGACUAUGGAAAAUGAUAAUUACAAUGAAGAUGAAGAACUAGACUUCAGUGAUCCUGAAGGUUUUGUUGAUUCUAUAUCUGAUGAAGAGCUUCUUGGUGACCUCCUGAGACAGCGUCCAAAAGAGAGCGAUGCGACCCAAAACGUCAUCAUUGUUGAUGGGGUUCCUCAAGUGGGCCCUGACAGACUGGAAAAGCUGAAGAGUCUCAUGAAGAAACUCUUCAAAGAUUUUGGAAAUGGAAUUGUCAAUGAACAUUUUCCUGUUAAUGAAGAAGGCAUAACAAAAGGAUUUGUUUUCUUGGAGAUGAAGGAUCGUGCCAGUGCUGAAGAGGCUGUGAGGUUGCGCAACAAUUACAAGCUGGACAAGUCUCACACUUUGAGCUGUAAUUUACUCACUGAUGUUGACAAAUAUACAAAUGUUCCAGAGAAUUUUGAGACUCCAGCUCCCCAGCCAUACCAGGAUAUGGGCAACGUUCACUAUUACCUGCUUGAUGAGAACUGCUUCGAUCAAUUCGCCGUUAUAUACGAUGCUGGUGGCAAGACAGCUAUUUAUCUCAACUCGGUUCCUGAACCCACACUUAUUGAAGAGAGAACGUGCUGGACAGAGACGAUGGUGCGGUGGUCGCCCCGCGGGACGUGCCUUGCUACCUUUCAUCAGAAGGGAAUUGCCCUCUGGGGAAGACAAGAUUUCAAACAAAUCCAAAAAUUCCAUCACCCAGGAGUGCAAUUUAUUGAUUUUUCACCAAUGGAGAAGUACAUAGUCACGUUUUCCCCAACUGUAGAGCAGCGAGAAGACCCAAAAUCCAUCUUUAUUUGGGACUUCCGCACAGGCCAGAAGAAGCGAGCCUUCCAUGCAGAGCGCAUGCUUGUAUGGCCAGUUUUCAAGUGGUCGCCAGAUGACAAAUACUUUGCCCGUAUGGGUGAAAACCUCAUCAGCGUGUAUGAAACUCCUUCAUUCGGUCUGUUAGACAAGAAGAGCGUCAAGAUCAACGGCGUGAAAGACUUCAGCUGGUCCCCCACCAACAACGUCAUCGCGUACUGGAUUGCAGAGAACAAGGACGUACCUGCUAAAGUUUCCAUCAUGUCGAUACCUAACAGAGAAGACAUACGAUCCAAGAAUUUGUUCAACGUUGCGUCGUGCAAAAUGCACUGGCAAAAGUGCGGCGACUAUCUCUGCGUGAAGGUGGAACGGUACACCAAAGCCAAGAGGGAGAAGAACGAAGUCAAAUACACCGGUAUUUACUACAGCUUUGAAAUCUUUCACAUGAGAGAAAAAGGAAUCCCCGUUGACAGCAUUGAAAUCAAAGAAAAUAUUCUUUGCUUUGAGUGGGAGCCCGUGGACAACAAGUUUGCCAUCAUCAGCGGCGAGUCUCCUUCCAUCAGCGUCUCCUUCUACCAGGUCAACAAAGGCCAGGCGCCCACCGAGCUCAAGAGAUUCGAGAAGCGUGCGUGCAACUCCAUCUUCUGGUCGCCACGUGGCCAGUUUUUGGUGUUGGCUGGUCUGGGCCAAAUGAGUGGCGCUUUAGAGUUCAUUGACACUAAGGACUUCCAGGUGAUGCAAACGACGGAGCACUUCAUGGUCACGGACAUAGAGUGGGAUCCUACCGGCCGCUAUGUGGCCACCGUCGUGUCGUGGUGGGGACACAAGGUGGACAACGCAUAUUGGCUGUGGUCUUUUCAAGGCAAAUGUCUAAGGAAGCAGCCUUUGGACCAAUUAUGCCAGUUCAUCUUCCGACCCCGACCGCCGUCCCCGCUCACGCCUCAAGACUUCAAGGACAUUAAGAGGAACAUGAAGAAGUACACGGCCACUUUUGAGAUACAAGACAAGAUGCGCAGCAGCAAAGCAAACAAGGAAAUAAUCGAAAAACGCCAGGAACUCAUGAAAAUGUUUGACGAAUAUCGACAGCAGACCAAGGAGCGCUUGAGCGCAGAGAAAAAAGAACGCAUCAAAUUGCGAGGGAAGGAUACCGAUUCUGGAGUAGCCUCAGACGAAAUGAUGGAAGAAGUCAUCGAGUUCUUGGUGAAGAAAGAGACAGUGCUAGUGCAGUAGGCGGCACUGGACACCCAUUCUGUGCCACGCUUGCUAGCCGACUUGCGAUACUCGCGUGCACGAUAAUGUGUACCGUGCGGUCAACUGUCGGUGGUGGUUGGUAGGAUUUUUUUGUUUCCCCAUUUAUCUAUCUUGUUCAUCUAACUGAAAUUUCGGGAAGAAGUGGUAGUGAGUGAAUGUUAAAGAUUUUUUUUUUCAUUGUUCAAGGUAAUUCAUCACUUCAAGGUAAUUUCGACCUGACAUGGAAAUGUGUUAAAAUGAAUAGCCUUGGCGUUCAGCAAAUACCCACGGCAAAGGCCCUGUAACGGAAAAUAAUUAUUCUGUGAAUAUACGUACCACCACC